UACCAGUCAAAAUUACUCACUCUAACAUUAAUGGCGUUUAGAUCACGUGGAAUAUCAGCUAUAUUUCGCAAAUUUCUGGCAUGUGAAGUAUUUUAACAAACAUUCAUCACGUACCAUAAUGAGUGCCGUUGUUCCUGAUUCACCUGUUUCUGGCAUCGACACCAACCCAGUGGACAUUGUAGACGAUGAUUGCGAUCGUACCAAUUUCAUUUACAAAAUAGUUGAAAGUGAUGUGGCAGAAGGUCGUAUAAAAAAAGUUAUCACACGAUUUCCUCCAGAGCCAAAUGGGUUUUUGCACAUUGGACACGCGAAAUCAAUUUGUCUAAACUUUGAAUUGGCAAAGGCAUUCGGAGGACGUACACACCUAAGGUUUGAUGAUACAAACCCUACGACGGAAGAUAUCAUCUAUAUCGACUCCAUCAAGAAGGAUGUGCAAUGGUUAGGUUACGAUUGGGGUGAACACCUCUAUUUCGCAUCAGACUACUUCCAACAGUUAUAUGAAUGGGCAGUGUUGCUAAUUAAAAAGGGGCUAGCAUAUGUAGACGAUCAAAGUGUCGAGGAAAUACGUGAGACAAGGGGAAGCAUUACAGAACCAGGAAAGGAAUCACCAUACCGUAACCGCAGCAUCGAAGAAAAUCUUGAUCUCUUCGAAAAGAUGCGAGCGGGAGAGUUCCCCGAUGGUUAUUGCUCGUUGCGCGCCAAGAUAGACAUGGCUUCCGGUAACAUGAACAUGCGUGACCCUAUUCUUUACCGAAUUAUUCGUGCAACCCACGUUAAUACAGGUGACCAGUGGAUUAUAUAUCCCAUGUACGAUUAUGCCCACGGUCAAUGUGAUAGCCUUGAGAAUAUCAGCCACUCCAUCUGUACGGUGGAGUUUGAGAAUCAUCGACCUUUGUACGACUGGUUCCAGGAGAAGCUGGAAAUUCCUCCAACACGGCAGAUUGAAUAUGCGCGACUUAACCUGACUUACUGUGUAAUGAACAAACGGUUGUUAAUACAAUUAGUUAAACGAGGUUUGGUACGAGGCUGGGAUGAUCCACGUAUGCCUACCAUAUCAGGUUUGAGAAGGCGCGGGUGCCCUGCAGCUGCAAUUCGACGUUUCUGCCGCAAGGUUGGAGUUGCUAAACGUGAAAAUUUGAUACAAAUUGAGCUAUUAGAAGAUUGUAUGCGGGAGGUUAUGAAUGAGAAUGCCGUACGACUAUUUGCGGUUAUAGACCCUCUGCUGGUUGAAAUUGAAAAUUUACCGGAGGACUUCGAAGAAGUUGUUGAAGUGGAUGGUGCAGAGGGAAAUCGCCGUCUUACCUUUGGUAAACGCUUUUACGUUGACCGCAAAGAUUUCAUGGAAGAACCUUCGACAGGUUUCCACCGAUUGUUCGUAGGCAACGAAGUUAGGCUACGUCAUUGCUACUGGAUCAAGUGCAUUAAUUUUGUUAAAAACAAUGACAAGGUUGAAAAGCUAAUAUGCACAUACGAUCCUAGCACUAAAGGUGGAGCGGCGCCACCCGAUGGACGCAAAGUAAAGGCUACCAUCCAUUGGUUAAAUGAAAAGGAUUCAAAGCCUGCCGAAAUAAGGUGGUAUUCACGCCUUUUCACCAAGCCAGAUCCCAAAGAAGGAGUUGUAGAGAAAGAUGAUUGGAUCAAGAACUUUAACCAAAAUUCAAUGCACAUUUACGAGCAUAGUCUAUGUGAACGAGCCGCAGCCGAUUUGGAAGUAGGUGAACCCAUACACUUCGAGCGACAUGGUUACUUCACUAAGGACCCUGAUUCCACCGAUUCUCACACUGUAUUCAACCUUACAGUAGGAAUACCAGAUAAGUUCGAAGUAGACAGCAUGAAAAAGGAACAUAAGGAGCGCGAGCGUCAGCGCCGCCUAGAGGCAGCCGCUAGACGCAUGAAGCAUGCUUCAUAACUGAAAAUAUCUUUUA